AAUUUCAAUUUGCCCAAAACUUAAUAUCUCCGCUUUCGAGUUUCGGCCUCUCAACUCUAGCCUCCUCUAUUCUCAACACAUCUCUAUUUCUAUCGCACUUUUAUUCCCCUAUUCCUCUCUCCCUCUCUCAUCCGUAGCUCUAACCCUAGCCCUCUAUCAGGAUUCAAACAUGAAAGGAGGUAAAUCCAAGUCGGAUGCCAAGAGCGCCAAGCUCUCCGUGAAUAAGAAAUCAACCACGAAAGCUGGAAAGAAAUCGGGGAAGGCAGCUAAGGAUCCAAACAAGCCAAAGAGGCCUGCUAGCGCCUUCUUCGUUUUCAUGGAGGAGUUCCGCGAGCAAUACAAGAAGGAGCACCCUAAAAACAAGUCCGUUGCUGCUGUUGGCAAAGCUGGUGGAGAUAAAUGGAAGAGCCUUUCUGAAGCUGAAAAGCGACCUUAUGUUGAUAAGGCCGAGAAACGAAAGGUCGAGUAUGAAAAGAACAUGAAAGCCUACAAUAAGAGACAGGCUGAGGGUCCCCAAGAAGAUGAGGAGGAAUCUGAGAAGUCUGUAUCUGAGGUGAAUGAUGAAGAAGAAGAUGAUGAUGAAGGCAGUGGAGACGAAGAAGAUGAUGAGUAGGAAAAAUCCAGGGAGGAUAGCAUAAUCAAACUAGGCUGUGAUAGUGUUUGAUCAUCUUAUGUUAAUGCUUUUUAAAUGCAAAUUUCAUUUAAGCAAAAAUGUAACUCUGGAUGCUGUUGGUUUCUUUUGACGUUUCGAAAUUAAUAGUUUUAGAUGGGUAAUUUGUUGCUACAUGUACUUUGCAUUUGAAGUUGAAUGGCGUAAGAUAGGUAAAUCCUUUUCUAGAAAA